AUGAGCCCGUAUCCGGCCACAGAAACUCUCCCCGAUAUGGACGAAAAUUCGGUUCGGAAUGCCACGGACAUUGGACAAGCUCCCCCGCCCCAAGACUACAGGCGGGCAUACAAGGCAUGCUUUCAAUGUAGAAGGGCGAAGGCAAAGUGUGAGCUUAGCCCCAAGCAGAAGAUCUGCUUGAAAUGCGCGAGGGAACAGAGGGAAUGUCGUUUCCCCGAACAGAGGUCUUCUCGUAAGAACGAACGGCGGGUCAACUCGUCCUCUAGCCAUCAAACUCGCAGAGCUGGUAAUUCUCCACGUGUCAGCCAUGAUUUGGGCCAGAUCGGGGUCCACAGCACCGCCACAGAGCGCAGCAGCUUUGACACGGCUCGUCCCAAUCUUCAAUUGCUACAUCAGCCGCCCACCUUAUCAUCCGUCUAUGGGCGAUCGGGCAUCCAAAGCAAUACAAAACAAAACCGCCAGGACUUGCCUCCUAGAGAAACGACCGGUCGUCAAAAAGCAGACGCAAACCUGCACGAUGAGAUUGUACGAACUGUCAUGUCUUCCUCUAACGACGCUAGGAAUAUGCUUUUCAAAGUUGCCUCUCAACACGAUUCCAGUGACUCUGAAGACGAACCGGUUGGCAGCCUUGGUGUAAGUCCAGCUUCUGCCUUGACUAGCGAUUCUAAGAGCUCGCUUCCCUUCGUUACGCUCUCCCAUAUCACGAAAGAGGACACCGAGCUGUGGAGCCAACAGAGAUUUGUACGGCAAGGUUGGUUCACUGCCCAAGAAGCGGUCACAUACAUCAAUCUUGGAAACUCUACGGGUACUUACAUCUCAAGGUUUUUCCAAAAUCUACUGUCCUUAUCACCGGUUCUUGCUUCGGUCUUUGCCGACCACCGAAGCCACAAACAUUUAAUUAUUGAAGAGCCUCUCCUUUGCUGCACUAUAUUAAUGAUCUCUUCACGCUAUCAUAUUCUUCCAGGCUAUCAUGGUACAUCUCGAGCAGAAUUCGUGCAUAUGAGGCUCUGGAAAUACUGCGAACAUCUAGUUCAUCGAAUCACACUUGGCGCAGAGAAGUAUUGUACAGCCAGAACGCGUACGUUGGGGAGUAUUCAUGCAUUGCUUCUCAUUACAGAAUGGCAUCCCCGGGCCGUACGGUUCCCACCUGAAACGGACGGAUGGGACCACAGCCUGGCCCCCAGCAUCGAUGAUUCGUAUGGCCACCCUCAUGGGUCGGUGGAUUCUAAUUCAGCGAGGUGGCGAGAGGAAGUCUUUGAGCCGGCGAAGAGAUCGGAUAGAAUGAGCUGGUCAUUGAUCGGACUGGCAAUUACAUUGGCUCAUGAGCUGGGUGUCUUUGAGGACACGGGGGCUGAAAUUGAGCCACUAGCAGUCCCUCAGAUGAGUCGGCUACGGUGCCAGAGACUACUAUUCCUCUAUGUCCAUCAACUAACUCUCCGACUGGGCUGCACAAGUAUCUUCCCUCAAGCUUGUCAAUUAUCUGAAACUAUACAGAUGGAUGCGUCUGUGCCAGCAGAAGGGCCUGAAUAUUACCGAGAGGUAAUUCUUUGCCGGUACAUUAGCAUCACGAAAUUGCUUAAAGCUAUCACCGAUACAUGUUUCCACAUAAGUAUCGAUCCACGCGGCAUAGGUACCGUUAGGAUGGACGCACUAACUACGACAGAUGUCCCGGACUCCUCAAAGCAACUUUUGUUAAUCGAGUAUUAUUAUGCAAUCAUGUACCUCAAUUCGCUUGGUAUACAGGCAUUUGUCGAAAGAGUCUCACGGGGCCAAGGCUACCAUGUGCUAAUGGAUACCAAUGAAAUUCAUCAUAGCUUCAACAACGCGGUAAGAGAAGCUAGCUGUGAAAUUCUGUCCAUCGUCAUCCAACUUGGAGAGAGCGGAUGCUUGAGAUACUGCCCUGUCCGAGUCUUUGUGAGACUCGUCGCGGCAUCGAUGUUCCUCCUGAAAUCGUUGAGUCUAGGACCGAGAAACAACAUGUUACGCUCUCUUGAGGUCCUUGAUAAAUGCAAUCAGACAUUGAGGGAAAACCAGCAUGAUGAUGUCCAUCUUUCCACGCGGUACGGCAAGUUGAUAGAUCGUUUGGUCCGACGCUUCAAGAAAAACAUGCUCUCGCAAAGCGGUUUCGGUAUCUCCAAACCGGCGACUCCGGAGCCUGAAGGAGCUCGUCCACCACGGCAACAAACGCUGGGGCCGACAUGA